CUACCAAGCUAUCGCCAUCUUUGUUUUUCUGUUCCGCUUCAAAUUGUCACCAUGUCGCUGAAAGCUGUGGUCGGACAGCGUAAGUUUGGCCUUUUCUCUCAACCUUUUUCAGCUACUAGGAUGAUUCCAAAUACCUAAAUUUCUGUAUGUUGUGUAGGUAUUAUGCAAGACGUGAUACGCGCUUUGCAAAAGCCUGGCGAAUGGAAGGUAAGUCUUGUGUUUUCACUAAAUUUGUUUACGUUGGCUUUUGAAUACAUUUCUGUCCUUUUUGUAUAUGGAGCAAACAAACCACAAUUGUGUGAUGAUUCUUCAGGUUCUUGUGGUGGAUCAGUUAAGCUCGAGGAUCAUAUCAUCAUGCUGCAAGAUGCACGACGUUGUGGAAGAAGGAAUUACAAGUAAGCGUCGUGCAGUGGUCCAAUAUUGAUCGGAAUUAUUCCAAAAUCGUUCAAUUAAGUAUUUCAAUUACUGAUUUCCAUAAGUUAGGGAGUUUUGCUCUGAUAGGUACAGAUAUUCAGUGACGAAUCUACAAUAAGAAAUAUUCUGCUUCACUAUUCGAUGAUGAAGAAAAAGCUUACUGGACGAUUUAAUUUCGUUUUCCAACAUCAACGCCCCAGUAUGAAAUUGCUGCAUGCAUACACUUAUAAUGGGGUUGUUCUGAAAUCUUACCCUCUUCAGUUUCCUAGACUACAAGUAGUCUCUUAUUUAUUAUUAUUUUUUUUUUCAAAGUUACUCCAUGUGUUACCCAUGCGCAAGAGCCACCAUUAAUUAAGACGUAAGCCCGAAGAGAAAAAUAAAAGACUGCUGACUCUUUUGUUCUGUCUGGGGACAACAAAGUAAUCUUAAAAACCAAUUAAAUGCAAGUAACUUGAGACGAUUUAUAAAUAGAACAUAAUCAACUGAAAAAUUACACUUUUUGUAAAUCCGGUAAGGUUACCUUGACUUGCUUUCUGUUAAGGACCUUUACAGCAGUUUAUUUCUGUUCCUGUUAAGGAUGAUAUGUUACAAGUCAAAAAUAAAUUCAGUUUAAAAUGUUUUAACCUACAAUCUUGGACAAAAGUGUUAAGAAUUUUACACUUUCUUAUGCACGGGGGACACACCCGGUGAAUUAAGCAUUGUGGUGUCCCCUCCCCCCACCCCUCCCUGAUCAGUGUUGUUAAGUCAGGAGGAGAGAUGUUCCAGUCACCCCUCAACAUUGUUUUUUUUGGGGGGGCGGGGCGGUGAGAGAAGUAUCUUGAGUGUGCUGGACUUUGGAGGGAAGUAAAUUCUAAAAUUAAACAUACGAGGUGCAUUUUUCUUAACAUUUUUGUCCAAGAUUGUAGGUUGAUUCUCAAUGUCCUUUUUACUCCUAAGCCUAAUUCAUGAAUAAUCAGGGAUAGGAGACAAAAGAAUUUGAGAAUUAACAUAGGUUAAAAAAUUUCAACCUGAAUUUAAUUUUGACCCGUAACAUAGCCAUGUACAUUGUAUAUACAUGUACAGUAUUUUGUGUGGAGGCCCCCGCAAAAUUCCUCCGUGUAGAGAAGUAUUGUUUUUUCCACUGUAUCGGUAAUAUGUAAAAUCUUCUUGAUAUGAAGAAACUAGGCUCACAAGGUGAUCCCGGUUAAUUCUUCAGCAUGUGCGCAAGGCAGUCUUGGGUAAUUCUGGUUCAGCAAGCACGCUAGGUGCUAUUGGGAAAUUAUGGAAACGCAUUGUUGACCGGUCAGGUCAGCAUUAGAUUUCAUCCUUCAUAACCAUCUUCCCCUCUUAGCUACACUUAUAUGAAAUUUCUAAGUCCCUUCAAACUUGUACCAUUCUAAUCUUUUCUAAGUCUAAGUCCCUUCAAUUAUUUUUAGACAAAAAAGAAGGAUAUUUAAUGUUACAUUAGUGGAAUUUGAACCCGUGGUUCUAGAACCAAAAUCCAUCGCCAAUAGCACUACCCCACAGUGGAUUUGAAUGCAAGUUGUAUUUUCAUUUUACAAUUUUAUAGUGACAAACCUAACAGUAAAUGAAAGCUAACCAUUUCAAGUCAGUGCUUAGCCCUAAUCACUAUUGUCAGUGCUUAACCCUAAUCACAUUGUUCAGUGGUUAACCCUAAUCACUAUAACAUUUUUUUUAAUUUUUAAAAUGUCAUAACUUAAGAGCAUAGAAAUAAAGAGAUUACAUAUUGAAUGUUAGAAGACUUAUUUUAAGAUAAAUGUCAUAUCUAAGGCAGGGGCAGAUGUAGUGAGAAAUAUUACUAGUCUUAUAACUUAAUAUGAUUUCAAGUGGUCAAAUAUUGGUAUCAUAGAUUAUAAUUGAAGUUCUCUAACUCCAUUUUUUUUAUUGUAUAGUUGUGGAAGAUAUAACAAAAGUACGCCAGCCUUUACAAAACUUUGAAGCUAUUUACCUUCUUACACCAGAUGAAAUGGUAGGUUAGCAAGAUGGAUGAAUCCUGUAAUGGCAUUUGAUCAUAUGGUUUGUUCAUUGAAGUAGCUACUUUGAAGUUGCGGUUGAGUGAAAGAACUGGCGUGACUAAUUAAAAAUCCUGUGUAGCUUUUCCUAUGGAACAUGUACAUGCUUUGUUCAUUCCAAAAACUCUUGAGAUAAUUAACAAGUUGGAUGGUUAGUUUCUUGUUAAAGCAUUUAACAAUAAAACUUAAACUGACUAACAUUUGACAUUUUGAUGCUUCUAAGAUAUUAAUCUAACAUCAUUGUAACAUCACUGUCUAACACUAAAAGUGCAAUCAGACUCAAUUGUUAUCCGGCCACGGUUAAGAUUUUGUUAGACAUAGGGCAAUAAUAUUAUUUUUUUAAUAGUCAACUGUUAUUUGCAUCUCUGGUUGGACCACAAAAGAUGUAAAACAAAUAUUUUUGUAGUAAUAAUAGUUGUUAUAAAUAAUUGUAUUUAAACAGUCAGUAAGAGCCUUGGUUGAAGAUUUCACUGAGGGAAAUCACAGAUACAAAGCUGCUCAUAUAUUUUUCACUGAAGGUACAGCUUCAUUUGAUUUUAUACAGUAGAGGGUAAUAUAAGAUGGUAGCCACAAGUAAUCUGCCCCUCCCUUCUCAGAUUACAUUUAUCUCACUGGUGCAAUCAACACUGCUGUCUCUUUGGCUUGAAAACAAAAUAAUUUAUGUUGUAGUUAAUUUUUUGUCUCUGGUAAUUUUUGAUUUUCAGAUAUAAUGUUGUUGUGGUCUAUAAAAUUUGAUGUGCAGUCACAUAUAAAGUAUUUGUAACAGAGUUUUUACUGGGUUUUCUUUACUAUUAUAGUUUGCCCGGAUUCUCUGAUAAGUGAAAUGUCCAGGAUCGCUAAAUGUGAGUGCAUUCUAUGUCUUUUAAUUUUGCAACAUAGUCUACCAUCAGAGAGAACAUUUUGUGUUACUGCCGUUAAAUGGGGCAUAUCUAGGAGGAAAAAAAAACAUUCUUUGCCCUUUCACCCUCCAUUCCCUUCGAAGGUGAGGUGUUUUUUGUUUCCUACAGGUAUUUUGAAUAGCAGUACAACAUUGCUUAGAGUAGCCUGUAAAAUCAUUUUUCCUUUCUCCUUGUCGCUCAGGGCAUUUUGCGUGGAGGAAUGUUUGUGCCCCAGCGACAGAAAUUACAUACUGAUGGCGUAAAUCAAUUUUUACAGCUGUGCAUAAGAAAUUUAGUAGCCAUGGGGUUCCAAAUGUUUAUGUUUCCCUGAUCGAUUAUGGUAAAGUAUUGUGUUCCUCAGUGAAAAAGCUCCAGCUAAACUCAAAUGUUUCUGCUAAAGAAGAAUAGUUACAACUCAUGAAAAUUAACUGUUGUGUGGCAGAUUCAUUAUGUUUGUGUUUGACCUUUUGACGGUUUAUCUUUUGUCUGUCGUUCAUAAACAAUAUAAUAAAACAAUAUAACUCCAACGUCAACCAAUAAGAGCUCAUGGCCAGAUUCCAUACAGAUUUUAAUUCAUCAGUAUGGUGUUUCUGCUUCUUACGCAUAUAUAUCCCUCCUGGUAAAAUGUCUCCAGCGGUGAGGAAUGAAGAGAGACAGUUGUUUUUGCAGGCUAUGCCUAGAGGGGGUAGGGGAGGGAAGGCUUAUUUUUCCUGUUUGAAGUAGAUACAUGUUGUGUCAGUAAAACUUUAGAAAGGUCCUUUAGCUCAUAGAGUCUCAACUAUUUUUGUGGCCAAUUGUAGAUCAUGUCAACAAAUAUAAAUUUUAAAAGUGCAAUGUUACUAAAUUAUUGUAGUAAAAACUAGGCUCAAUUUCCAGUCAUAAUUUUGAAGAAGUGAGGUUUUACAUCUUCCUCCCAAUGAAUGGCAUAAAAAUAUUUGAUGUCUUAAUCAUAGAUGUGAAGACCCUGAAGGAGAUAAACAUUGCAUUUUUACCAUAUGAAUCUCAGGUAUGCUAUAUUAAACCAGUUACUGAGUUCAAUCAGAUAUAUUACUAUGAAGAUUACUAGAUAAAUUGUACCAAACUAGUGGGUGUUUUGUGUUUUGCAUAAAAUCAAUUUCAAAAAAUUGGGGUGACUUUUUUGUGUUUUUGCUUUUAUUGUUAAUUAUGGGAUUGGUAAACCUGCAACUUUUAAUAAAUGACUGAUUAAAAUGCUUCACACAGGGUUCAUACAGAUCAUGGAAAACGUGAAAAGUCAUAGAAUUUAAGAAUUUCAUUUUCCAGGCCUGGAAAGUCAUGGAAUUUAUUUGACGUCCCUUGAAAGUCAUGAAAAUUAAAGUUUUUUUUGGUAGUUUAGUUACUACAGAUGACAAAGCAAGGACAAUGUACAUAUAAGAUAUCUAUAGAAAGGAGUAAUUAAACAGUGCAAACGGCAUGCUUUUUUGGUGGACACCAGAGUUUGUGUCUGUUGAAUUGUUUACUUAAGGUAAAAACAUACCGCCAAGCAAGGGAAAUUUUGAAAAUUUUUGAAAGUGGCAACUAAACCUUAGGUCUUGGAAAACUUGAAAAGGUCAUGGGAAAAGUCAUGGAAAGUCAUGUAGAUUACCAGUAUUCAAAACCUCGAGCGAGGCUGGCUAAGUGUAGAUUUUUAUUGCAUAUUCAAUAUCCAGUUGUAUAUCAAACAACACAGCAAAAUGACAGUUCCAGAUGAACUUUUAUUUUCCGAAUGUUUCAUACAGAAACAUGCUACUUUUGACACAUAAUCCAAAGGGCCUUGCUCUGGAAAAGCUCAGUUCAUGGUAGUAGUAAUAAGUAUACAGCGGUGGUAUGUAGUUGUACAUGUAACAGCUACGUAAUUUUUACAGAGUGUUUAUGGUUUGUAGGUUUAUUCUCUGGACACUCCUAAAGCAUUUCAUAGUUUCUAUGGCCCAGAACCUUCAGAUCAAGCACAGCGCUUUCAGUAUUCUGAGGUAUUUAUUAAUUACUUGAUUCCUGAAUGAGAUUUUAUUUUGAGUAGUUUAUGUUCACCCUAGUUUUAAAUGUGGCUAAAUAUCAUGAUUUAGGCAAAUAUAAACUUGAGUGAGUUGGCCAGCAGUCUUCUCCCACUCGACCCUCGGGGAAUUGCAGGGCUCCUUGUGUGCGCUUUUGUUAGUGUUGCGUUGCAUUGAAGCUUUGCUUGCUGAUCGUAGUGGAUCAAUUUUUGUGUUUUUGUGAAUCAUUACGGAUUCUUGCUCCCUCUCCUCCCUCCCUGCUGGGUGGUUUUGUAAGACUGUAUUUUCUCAGGUAAGUAUUCUCUUAGAUAAGUAUCUCCUUUGUAUUUCAUUCAGUGUUUUGGUGCUCCUUAGUGGUCACUCUUGGGGGCGGGGGGGCGGGGGGGUCCUGCUGCCAGGGUUGCCAUGGAUACCUCCUCUCUGUUUAUUGCAUUUGGCCUCCCACUAACCUUUAAGGCAGCUGCUCCCAAGCUCAUCAUUAGCGAGGAGGAAAACUCAUAUAGCCUGAGAUUCUCAGGUUAUGUGAGUUAAAACUGGGGUAAAAUAUAAUAUUUUCUGUCAAGUUUUGACUACUAACCUUGUUAAUGUACAUCAUUAAUAUUGUGAUCUGCAUUAUCAUUUUCUUAACUGCUGAUUGCUUUUAGAUAGAUACAUUGUACCAUGUAAUAUUAGUAUUUUUGUUUUUGUUUUUAUUUUAUAUUGUACAUUGUACAGCUGUAUAUGCUGUAGUGGUUAUUUAUUUCCUGUUGUGUGUUUUUGCAUGCUUUUAGAAGUAUUUUUUCUUUACUUCAGAGUGAUUCCAGGGGCAUUCAGCUUAAGACAUUAUCAAAUGUGAGUGCACUGGAAUCACAUGUAGAGGUAAGGAAAAAACAGGAGACAAUCUUGCAUUUUGAAAUUGCUUAAUAUAUGCUUACCAGUGCAAGUGAUCAUCUGUGCACCUGGCUGUAAGAUUAUAAGCCAAAUGAUUCAAGCCUUUAUUUUAAAUAUUGCAUGUUGAAUUGAAUUGAUUAAGUCUUCAUUUCUACACCAAACUUUGUUAGUGUUGUGAAGAUCAAAAGUUAUCCCAACUUCCUGUGGUCAUAGAUGGUUUAGUAGCUGGAUAUGGAUAGCUUCUUUCAUGCCUCUCUUUCUUCAUCUUUGUGAACACUUUAAUUCAAUUUGCAAUUUUUCUUGAAAGGUUUAAAUCACUUGCAUUAUAAUAAUAAAUUUGGAUGGUGAAGAUUCAGGUUCAGGCAGCCCCGCCCCCUCCUGUUCCUUGUCUGAACCAGGCUUACUGAUGUAACACAAUCAAAUCAUGGCAGAAUCCUGUUUGCAUCACUAUUUUUUACAUGAAUUUGGGUCCUUUUAAUUAUUGCAGAAAAUAGCUGAACAGAUUGCCACAUUAUGUGCCACUCUGGGUGAAUAUCCUUCAGUCAGAUACAGAAAGUAAGUUAAAAUAUUAUUACACAAAGUAGGAAUCUUUUUUGAUUAGUGAAUGUCCUGAAUAUGGGUGAGAUUGAUCACUGAACUUGGUAAAUGUUGUACACUAGUUGUGUUUCUGUAUAACUUGCAUCUUUUAGCCUUUUCCCCUAUAAGCCAAAAACCUUUAAUUUGGAGUGGUGGAAGUAUAGUUCUUUCAGUGUUUAUUUGACUUUAAAUGUUUCUGUAUUUGUUGCCAGGGAUGGUCUUCAUCUUUCUGAAUUAGCCAAUGCUGUGCAAUCAAAACUUCAUGCAUACAAAGCAGAUGACCCAGCAGGCAUGGGAGAGGUAUAAUAAAUACAGUUCUUGAUAGAAAUUGUAUGUAAUAUCAUAAAAGUGCCUUUGGAACCGGUUAGAGGAGGGAGUGGUCGUUCUUGGAAUAGACUACCUAAGCCAUUAUUAUGGGGGCCACUUACAUCACUGCAAACUGUCAUCUCUUCUUCAAAGUUUUUGUUGUGGUUUGCAUGGACAAAUGAAAGGGAAUUUUUCUGUGGAGUGGAAAACUAUCAUUAUAUUCAAACCAAUUCACCUUUCCUUUACACACACUGUACCACAGUCUGAGAGAAAGAAGAACACAAAUUACUUUCAAACUGUUUUAUGUUGUUAUGACCAAUCACAGCAAAGAUCAGGACACCCAAGCAAGUCACAAAACCACAAAAAAUUGCUGUUUUUUUCCACACCUGAUUGGCUUCUUCUUGCAGCAGGAUUCCAGAAUAUAUAUCCCUGGUGUUCAGGGUUUUCUGAAUUUCACAGAAAAUUAGUUUGAAAUUUUUUAAUAUCAAAUAAAGAUUGCAACCUUAACAUUUUUGUUGUUGUUGUUUUCAAAUUUGUGUCUUUUGUCUUUCAGGGGCCCCAAAAGCAUCGGUCUCAGCUCAUUUUACUAGACAGGUACAUGUAACAGUGAUAAGUAUAAUGUUAUUUACAGUUUUUUUGGUGUUAUUUUCUUUUUCUACUUCUUUAUAGUUUAAAAUACUGCUACAAUAAUUUGAAAUGAUUUUUUAUUUAUGUUAAUUGUAGAGGAUUUGACACAGUCUCUCCUUUGCUUCAUGAACUCACCUUUCAGGUUUGUGAUUUUAAUUUCCACUCCAGCAUGCAAAAAUUACUUACAAAAAUUAUGCAUAUCUUAAGUGCGUGUAAGGAACCCUUUCAGUUUCAUCAUCUCCAGAGCUACGUAUACAACCUUGGACAAAACUGUUGAGACUGUUUCAUCCAUUUUCUUUAACUUUGACACCAUACUACCAUUUCCUUUAAACAGAAAAGUUAAGCCCCCUCCCCACCCCCUAUUCAUUGUUGAUUUAGUGUAAAAACCAACAUGUAUAAUUCUUGUGUUAUCCUAAACAACAUUGGAUUAGGUAGCCAUAGGAGGGAAGAUGGGCACUCAUUCGGUGACAGAUUCCAUUUUUGUCAGGAUGGCAGGAAAAAAUAGUUAUUUUUUGUCUUAACGAUUUUAUCCGAGGUUUUAGCCUUAGUUAAUAUAAAGUUUUGGUAACAAUCUUUAUUCUUAAGUAAGGGUUAGAGACUUACAUGAGUGUUUUACCAGCAAAUAAAUUAAUGGUCUGGCUGUAAAACUAACAAGAAUUUCAAAUACCUACUGCAUGAGGUGUAGGAGCAUGAAAAAUUUUCAGUUUAUUGUACGGCCAGUAAGUGCAUUUAUUUCCCAGAAGAAGUCUCUAACUCUUUUAUUCAAAGUAAGCAGCAGAUACAGAAAGUAAAUUUAAUGUCCCACAAGUGAUGUCAAUAAUCAUGCUCUUGCUUAGUUAUGCUUUCAAAGAAAUGAUAGUACAAAUUAUCAGUAAUAUAUGAAGCCAAAUUUAUCUUCCAGAAUUUUGCGCUGAGCUCAAAAAAUUUGAAUUAUAUCAUUUAAUUUCUUUAAUAAGCAUCUUUAACAUUAGUUGAGGUAAGGUGGGUUAUAGAGACAAUUUGUUAUUGGAUUCCUACCAUAACAUUCUAUUAUUUAUUAAUUUCCUGAAUUAUGUUUUCCUUUCCAGGCAAUGACUUAUGAUCUUCUACACAUUGUUAAUGAUGUGUACAAGUAAGUUUCUUUGACUCUUUAAAUGUUACGAAGAGGUUCAGCUCAGUGAAUAACUGCAAAGCCAAUUGUGUCUUCCCCCACUUCAAAAGACAAUUAAUUCAUUUAGUUUCCAUAACUAACCCACUUCUCACUCCAAUUUAUUCUCCCACACAGCCAUUUUUAGUGUUGUCAUGCAACGCUCCUCUCCAGGAGCAUUGGGUGGUGAAACAAAGAACAGCUGGAAAGGAGACUAACUCCUACCCCCUUAGUAUUGAUUUACAUACAUAGUCAGUACAGAGAGGAGGCAAGACAUAGGGCCUUAAGUCAGGUUGACACUUUGAACCAUUUAGAUUAAAAUGUCUCUUGCACUUAUCCCUAGACCUCUUUACUUCUUUCACAACAAGUUCCUUAUAUAUGUCUUAUCUUUCUCUUGUAAGACAUACUUGGUUAUACACUGUAAGGUGAAUCCAAACUUUUUAGCAGGAAUUUUUUUCAGAUUGACAAACUGAAAAAAUGCCUCUAAUCACCAGGAAGCUUUUGCUUUAUGUUAUCCAGCCUUUUACCAAUAUGAACAUAUAAUACAUGUCGUAAUAUUGUACAAUGAAGCAUUACUGUACUGUACAAUCCACCCUUACGGAGAGACCUCUUUCAUGUCAUAGUUCAGUUUUAUCCUCAGUUAAAAUUUCUAUUUUUUUUUUUUUUAAUUACGGUAUUCUACACGAACAUACCAUACCCCAAAACAAAGAAAAAUAAAAUUUAAAUUGUGAAUAAAAAUUAAUUGAACCACAACAUAUACAGCAUAGUUUAUUUGUCUAAAUUCUACUAAGAUCUUAACAGUUCUUUGAUUUCAUGGUUGUAGGUACAUUUCAUCAUCUGGUAGUGAAGAAAAGGAAACCAUCCUCGAUGGUGAGAUAAAACAUGACUUUGUGAUUUUUGUGUUCAGCAAGAAAAAGAAGCUGUUUAAGAACCUACAGCAUACAUCGUAUUUCCUGGUGAUAAGCUUGCGUGCAGACUUCUCCCACUUUCCUGGUGCUAUCUUGGUUUUGCGAACGGGUGCAAUCACCAAAUGACAUAAAACAAAAAAUUGAAACGGCACUGAACAAUGUCCGCACCACAAAAUAGGAGCAAACUAACAGUAGUUUCCGUAGCACCAAGAAACAAUCACUUUCCUUUGUUUCACGUGGGAAUUGAAGUAAAUUGUUGUACUAAUGUCAAGCUUAAUUUGGAAUUUUUCACAGAGAAUGAUGAAAUGUGGGUAAAGAAUCGCCAUGAGCACAUAGCAGACGUUUUAAGGUAUCUCUAACAAUGUUUCUACAAUUGCCCAUGUACCUAAGCUGAGAAAAUUUGGAACGCCACUAAUGGUUUCCACGCGAAAUGACGUCUGGGAAAAUAAGAGCGCAGAAAUUCCGUGCUGUUUACGUCACUACCCAGAUCUGGGGAGUGCUUCUGAAUGGUUGGAAAUUUGCUCGUGCUCUUUGCUAAGAAGUCAUUUCGUGGGUAAACCAUUAGUGGCGUCGAAAAAUGUCGGCUUUCUUCCAAGCAACCAUGUACCAUUUUGUCGCAAAAUACAUGUAAUGUCAUCCAUCAUGUCUUCAGCAUGAAUCUACUUUUACACGUAACUUCCACCCAAUUAUUUAUGUUUCUACAUUUCAGGAAAGUAAAUUCAGAAAUAAAAGAGUUUGCUGCAGACAAGAAAAUUUCUACUUCUAAUAAGGUAAUUAAGCCAAAGAAAACUGCUUGUAAAUGCAGUGGAACCUCCAGCCGUGACGGACGCCUCCCAGAAAUGGAUAUCUCCCGUAACUGACCAGCAAAUUUUAGUCCUGGAAUUUUCACCACAAAACUUGCGCUUUUCCGCCACAUUUAUGCGAACACAUCCGGACAUGCAGAACCAGGGUCCGCAAAGGCUUAAAUAACCAAACUAGGCCUCCAAAACCGAUUACAAGAGUUAAAUUAAGGUAGAUUUCUACUGUCAUGUAUCUUUUUUACAUACGGUCGCACUUAAUUUCUCGUUAAACCUCGCUUAACUCUACGUUUACGCGCGAUUUCUCAUUCAUUGCCCCUAUUUUAUUUUUAAAGCACCCAAAAAUCACGCGACAGUGGAAAUCCACCCUUGGACUACCGAAAGAGACAAAAGAUCAAUGUUCGGUUUUUCUUUUUGCCGGACGCAAGGGACGUCAACGUCCUCGUUGUUUAAAGGGGUUAUGUCACGCUAUUUGCUGUUUUUUUUUUUGAAAAAGCUGAAACUUUUUUCGCAUCAGUUGUAUUCCAAAAAUAAUGGUCCAGUUUUGUUAUUUAAUACUAUAUCUAGGCAUUGAAACUGUUUCCUGCCGUCUGUGUGAACGGAUGGCAAGGAUGGACAUGGAUUGAAACUUGAACAAGUUGGGCCAACUUUUUUAAGUUUUAAUGCUAUGCCUACUAAAAUCACCAAAACAAUUCUAAGGGCUUAGAGCUAGGUGAUUGAAAAAUGCUUGAUAUCUUCUCCAUAACUCUACAGGGGGAUUUUGUGUAUGGGCAAAGCCGCUAGGUAAUGUCUUCCGAGCAGAAUUGACCUAAAACAGCAAUGUCGUCGUAGCAUAGCCCCUUUAAGCUGUCCAAUAGAGAGGUAAGCAUCACGUUUACAGCAGACGGCAAACGCUUAUUUAAACCACGUGACCAAGUUUCCCCUUUACUUGUCGUUUGCUGUUCACUAUUUCUACACAUAAAUUAGUAGUUUCAAGCAAUUUUUUCCCAUAAGAAUUGUUUUGAGCUGUUUUUACCUGCUCAUUUUUUAUUUUGGGAAAUUCUCAACUUGAAUCUGACGUUUGCCGUACACGUGAAGCUUAAACUCUCUAAUGUUUAGAAUGUAAGAGGUGGCCAAAUUUAAACUGGCUUAGAACGUGGCCUUUUGUUAAACUCCUGUUUUAAUAACCAAUCCUACAUUUCGUGUUUAAACCUGUGUUAUUACUUGCUGAUGUAGACAACAAUGAGGGAUCUGCAAGUUAUCCUCAAGAAGAUGCCUCAAUAUCAAAAGGAAGUCAGCAAGGUAAUUGUCCUUGUUAGCAUAGCACUGGAAUUUAAAUCCUAGACAAACAGGAACACAGCUCAAAGGAAGAUUUCAUUACAAAAUAUACUUAUAUACUUGAGUUGAGUAGCCUCUCAGGGACAAACUAGUCUAUUAUAUCUAUCUGCAGUCUAUUUUUGAAGAAAAAAGAAAAAAAAGGAUGUGACAUGAAUUGUAAACCACUUCUCAAUCUUGUGAAAGCCCUGGCCAUUGAAGGAAAUCGCAAAAAACAGCACCACAAUCGCGUAGCUCCCUAUAGCAACCAUUGUUUUCAUAAUCUAUUCUUGGACUUGACUGGUGCUAGUUAGCUGUCCUGGGUGAAUAGAUCUAUGCCGUUAACCCUGAAAGAAAGACCAAUGUUAUUCUUUUCUCUUGUCUUUCAGUUCAUCGUUCAACUUCAUCUCGCGGAAGACUGUAUGAAGCAGUAUAAUCAAACUGCUCUGAAGGAUCUAUGUGCUGUGGAGCAGGUAAGUGUCUCAUUUGAUAAUGUAAGUAAUUAUAUGGAAAUUUCAUAAUGUGAAUGUGGUAACUAACCUUUCAGCGGCAACCAACAGGUAUCGCACACUGAGAACCUCAGUUUAAAGUCCAGUAGGUACUUGUCAAGACACAUCCGGAGGGAGGGGAGGGCUGGGAGCAAAACCGCUUAAACGACUUCACGGGAAAGGUAACUUUUAUAGCAAAAUGACUGACCUCAGCGAGAGCCGGUAAAAUUAUUGAGGACCUGUAAAUGGCCAAAGACCACCCCACAUACGAUUAGUGAAGGAGACCGCCGACUAACAUUUUGUCGUGUUUAACCUCGCCUAAAUUACAUUAAGCCACAUUUUAAGGUGAUUCGUAAUUCUUCGUGCUGGACUUGGCUACGCUACAUUUUACAGACAGCGUGUUCGUGUAUUUGCCGGAAAAGUCUAACCCUAAAUUCUUGUAGGAUCUUGCUACUGGUGUGGAUAAAGCUGGCGAGAGCAUGAAAGACCCCAUGAAGAGUAUUGUGCCACUACUGUUGAAUUCAGACAUUCAGUGAGUACUACCGGUGUAUACUCUCUCUUGGUUCCUUUUACGUUAAGGGUUUCAUUAUAUAUCACAUAUGAACUACUGGAUUCGAGACCACACUUAAAUUUCCUUUUGCGCAGAUUAUGGUUUUGCGAAUGUUAAAUCUACUAAAUUCUAAGUUCCAAUACUGUAUAUGAUUUCCCAAUUUUGGACAAUUUGUUUAACAGGAAAUUUAUUUUUUCUGAGGAGACAGUUAUGCUAAAGACCUCUUUCAUAAUUGCGGGCUAUUGAUAUAUUCUUUUAUAUGUAUGAUAAUGAGCCUUCUGACCUCGUUAGCAUGUGCCAAAUACAAAAAAACUCUUUCUUUCAAACGAGGUCAGAAAGGUGUUAAUUGUCAUACAUAAAAAAAGAAUAUAUUCGUAGGUCGCCAUUAUGAAAAUGGUCCGUGUUCACGCCCUACAGGAUAGCUUUUGCGUCGGCGUGAAAACUCUACCGUAUAGGACUUCUGUUAACACCCAAGAAUGUUGAUUUCCACGUGGUUUCUGUUACGGAGCAAAGCUGCUUCACUCCGAUCUCAAAAGUGGAGCGUCACAUAUCGGAUAGGUUCUGUUCCAUACUUUGGUGCAGUGUAAACACCUAUUCGGACCGUAGCGGAAGUGAAUAAGUAGGAACGAAGACUGGAACCCACUAAGACAGAAGUAAAUAUUCAGGAGUGAGGACUGGGAUUUAGUUCACUAAACCCGGCUCUCGGCCAACCCCGCCGUCACGAUGUUCGAUGUGUGUGAACGACUUGUUCCGGUCCCGGGCCGUUGCUGUUCACAUCAUACCGAUAUAGUGUGAUGAUAGCGGCUUUAAUCGGGCUUAAAUGAGUGACCUUUGUUAUGUCAACCCUAUCUGUCUGUAUUAUUACAUUACUAGUUUGAUUGGUAUUUUAUCUCUCUUGCAGUAUUUUAGACAAGAUAAGGAUCAUUCUAUUGUACAUUAUUUUCAAAAAUGGUAGGUUUGUAAUAAAAGACGCAUUCACGUCACGUUCCUGGAAACGUUUGUUGUUAUUGUUUAUGUUUAUAGUAAAAACCUUUUUACAAAGUAAUUAUCUUAACUGUAUAUUUACUGUAAAGAAGGUAUUAAAGUUAAAAUGUUUCCUGUUUCGUAGGUAUCAGUGAAGAAAAUCUGGCCAAGCUAUGUGAACAUGCACAGAUCCCUUCAGAUUAUCGGUUGGUCAAAAAGCUUUAUCUUUUGUUAACAUUUAGCUAAACGUGAGGGAAGUUUAUAAAAUGUUGCUAAAUAUGUAGGUAAAAAGUAUUCUUUUCUUUCCAGAGCUAUAAUAAAAAACAUGGCUUAUCUUGGAGUUCCCAUCCUACAGGAUGUGAGUAUUACGUUUUAUCAUUACUCAGGCAUCGCGCGUGGCAGGCGGUUUGUUUUGGUGUGUUUUUCGUUUGUGUUUCGUAAAGUAAGAGGACAAACGAGAAAACGAUGGCGGGUGGGGGAGAGAAAGAAGGCCUUUCUCUCGCCCCUUCCCCUCCCCCCCCUAUCGUUUUCUCUCAGUUUGACGUCGGUUCAGAUUUCGCGUGGCUGGUACCCGUACUUAUCGAAACACAAACGAAAAACAUUCGCCCCAAAAAGCCUUCUUCGCAGGCUAUAAUUUAGAGCAAUCUUCACUUCCUGUGCAGGCGUUAUCCUUUGCUAAGCACGUCUAAAAUCAAGGGUUCAACCCUUGACGGUACGGAAUACUGAAAGUUAAAUAAUUCCCUGCAAGAGGUUUUAUUUGAAAUUAAUGACCAGAGCAAAGGAUUGCAAUCACCAACUCAAAACUUGUACGUCUAAAGGCUAGUUUUCUCGCUAAUAAUUGAGAAGUAAAAAUUCCAAGAAAUAAUUCCGAAAUUUCUUUUCAUAGCAUUCGUCAUUUGCACAUCUCCCAUAAUACACCUUCUUUGCCCCCCAAAAUUUUGCAUAACCUUUAUUUCUCAUGGGCAGCCGUCCCAAGGGAAAUUGAAAACAAUGCAAAUGCAAAAAUUUGGGGGGGAAGCAAGGUGCAUUUUGGGAGAUGUGCAAGUAGAGAAUCUUUACUUUUAACUAGUAUUAUGCCAAAAUUCUGCCAAAGACGUUUCAUUUGAAUUGGAUAGGCCAUCCACAGGUGUCAAAGUUAGAAUGUCAAAUUGUCUUGCCACAUCUUGGUCUAAUAGCGAAAGGAUCAGUUUUGUCCUCAAGUUGACCACUGCUCCAAUUGAAAUAAAGGACCCUAUUUUUUCAAUUAAAGGUCUCCAACGUCAGUUUGAUUUAAACUUGGCUUGCUGGACCAGGCAAAUUUUUCUUUUUAUAAGGAAGUGAUUUUGUUCCCUUUUAUUAGCUUUCGUGUAUUUUCCCUUUAAACCUGGCCCCGGCUGCUCAAACGUUGGAUAGCGCUAUCCACCGGAUAACACCGCAAUUGUUUCCCGUAAUACGUAUCCGGUGGAUAGCCCUAUCCAGCUUUUGAGCAACCUGGGCCUGACGUUUACACCUGCAAAUGAAUGUCUGAAGGGCUUCUUUUCAGCUUCCUAGUUUAUACCCGGUGUUUCGUUAUCAUCCCGGCCAGAAAAUCGAGAAAAUACGGUAUACUCGAUAGGUCUUGUCCGCCUGCUUCUUAGAAUUUUAAUAGUUGUUAUAUGAUCUCUCCUGGUAAGUCUGGUGCUAGAAAGGGACCGAAGCUGGCCAGGAAGGAACGUACUUCACUGUACGAGUUGUCAAGAUGGGUACCAGUGGUGAAGGACAUUAUGGAGGUCUGUGCAGCUACAAUCUCACAAUAAUAGUUCGAACUUCUCCUAGUUGGUUUUCUGCCUCUGCACCUUCUAACAGGGUUAAAAAUCGUUUGAGCUUCGCGGAAGCGUGUUCUUGAAAAACACUUUGAGAGGGCGAGGAGUUUAAGUAAAAAAAUGGAUUAUAAAUAGGGCUCUGGAUUAUCGAGUGGGCUUUUGAGCGAGGAAAAAUAUGUGAGGGCUGGGAUGGAUGACUGCUCUCUACACUCUUUGUAGUUUCGUUGAGCUUACUGCGCGUUUGGCAAUAUGGAGGAUGUGCCAGCAGUGUAUGUAAAGAAAAUAAUAAUAAAAAAAUGCCAUGUAAAGGUAUUGAGACGAUUUAACAGAACCGCCCGAAAGGAUAUCAUAGCAGGUUCACUAAUUGACGUUUUCUGGUCGAAGUCUUCCUAUGUUGUUCUCAAGGCUCUCUGGAAAUGAAAAUGUAAUAGAGGAAAGCUUUACAAGUUACAAGGCAUCCAUAGUCUGGUCAUCUAUGAUUACGUGAUAAGAUUAUCAACACUUUGUCACACUAAGUUGAUCCUUUAUCCCUAAACGGUGACUGAACUCUUAUUGUUCAAUUUUUAUAAAUACAGAAACAGGGGUGUAGCCAGCUUUUCGACUAGUUGCAUGCCUGGCUGACAUAUCUUGAAAAUUGCACGCAUGAUUAGUACGCGCUUACCUCAUCAACACUUUGAGCUCUUAAGCUUUUUAGCUCACCAAAUUAACGCAUAAUUUAUUACAAACGGUAGUGAUCAAACCCAAAAUUUGUAGGCCCGGGCCUACAGGUCUAUGGGCUAGGUACGCCCCUGCAAAAAUGUUUGUGGUUGAUGAGAUGAAAGCUCUCCACGUUUUGCCUGCCUACGUAAACUAAAUUAGUUGAUUUACUUCCUUAUCUUAGGAAGCCGUCGAUGAAAAGCUGAGUAGCAGUCUUUACCCGUUUGCGUCCGAUCAGCGAUCUGGAAGCAAUGCAUUAAGCAGCAAAGGUACGGGACAGGACUCUAUUUAAAUCUGAAAGGUUAAAAUUUGAGGACUGGUUUUCAUUUCUCUCACUAACGUAGACGAUGUGGACCUGACAAGUGCGGAUCGAAGCGCGAAUAACCGCACAAUACCUAUUAUACAUAUAUUUCGACCGAAGUUUGUGAAAUAUUAUUGACUUCCUCGUUUUGUUUUUCUUUCCUCUAUUAACCAGGGCAAGCUGUUAGGUAAGUUUUAUCACCCUAAGUUUUCAGGCCUUGUAAAUCUUGAUUUGUGCUUUUGCCUGUGUUGUUGUUUGUUUGUUUCCUUUAUCAAAACUUUUCAUUUCAACAGCGCACGUUAUGGCCAUUGGCACAAGGAGAAGGUAGGUAUUUCUUUUUCAUUUUUAAAAUUUUUUAGCAUCAGGUUAAUGUUUUUAAUUGCGACAGUUGCAGUAUUGAAAACGGCAUUUACCAAAUUUUGUUGCAUUUGUCCUGGUGAAGUAUACAGAUGCUUGGUUUGUGGAGAACGUGAUUACCAGACUUUUCAUUUUCCUGAUAUUCUACGCAUUGAACCCUUAUAAAAUGUUGCUAAAUAUGUAGGUAAAAAGUAUUCUUUUCUUUCCAGAGCUAUAAUAAAAAACAUGGCUUAUCUUGGAGUUCCCAUCCUACAGGAUGUGAGUAUUACGUUUUAUCAUUACUCAGGCAUCGUGCGUGGCAGGCGUUUUGUUUUGGUGUGUUUUUCGUUUGUGUUUCGUAAAGUAAGAGGAAAAACGAGAAAACGAUGGCGGGUCGGAGAGAAAGAAGGCCUUUCUCUCGCCCCUCCCCCCCCUAUCGUUUUCUCUCAGUUUGACGUCGGUUCAGAUUUCGCGUGGCUGGUACCCGUACUUAUCGAAACACAAACGAAAAACAUUCGCCCCAAAAAGCCUUCUUCGCAGGCUAUAAUUUAGAGCAAUCUUCACUUCCUGUGCAGGCGUUAUCCUUUGCUAAGCACGUCUAAAAUCAAGGGUUCAACCCUUGACGGUACGGAAUACUGAAAGUUAAAUAAUUCCCUGCAAGAGGUUUUAUUUGAAAUUAAUGACCAGAGCAAAGGAUUGCAAUCACCAACUCAAAACUUGUACGUCUAAAGGCUAGUUUUCUCGCUAAUAAUUGAGAAGUAAAAAUUCCAAGAAAUAAUUCCGAAAUUUCUUUUCAUAGCAUUCGUCAUUUGCACAUCUCCCAUAAUACACCUUCUUUGCCCCCCAAAAUUUUGCAUAACCUUUAUUUCUCAUGGGCAGCCGUCCCAAGGGAAAUUGAAAACAAUGCAAAUGCAAAAAUUUGGGGGGGAAGCAAGGUGCAUUUUGGGAGAUGUGCAAGUAGAGAAUCUUUACUUUUAACUAGUAUUAUGCCAAAAUUCUGCCAAAGACGUUUCAUUUGAAUUGGAUAGGCCAUCCACAGGUGUCAAAGUUAGAAUGUCAAAUUGUCUUGCCACAUCUUGGUCUAAUAGCGAAAGGAUCAGUUUUGUCCUCAAGUUGACCACUGCUCCAAUUGAAAUAAAGGACCCUAUUUUUUCAAUUAAAGGUCUCCAACGUCAGUUUGAUUUAAACUUGGCUUGCUGGACCAGGCAAAUUUUUCUUUUUAUAAGGAAGUGAUUUUGUUCCCUUUUAUUAGCUUUCGUGUAUUUUCCCUUUAAACCUGGCCCCGGCUGCUCAAACGUUGGAUAGCGCUAUCCACCGGAUAACACCGCAAUUGUUUCCCGUAAUACGUAUCCGGUGGAUAGCCCUAUCCAGCUUUUGAGCAACCUGGGCCUGACGUUUACACCUGCAAAUGAAUGUCUGAAGGGCUUCUUUUCAGCUUCCUAGUUUAUACCCGGUGUUUCGUUAUCAUCCCGGCCAGAAAAUCGAGAAAAUACGGUAUACUCGAUAGGUCUUGUCCGCCUGCUUCUUAGAAUUUUAAUAGUUGUUAUAUGAUCUCUCCUGGUAAGUCUGGUGCUAGAAAGGGACCGAAGCUGGCCAGGAAGGAACGUACUUCACUGUACGAGUUGUCAAGAUGGGUACCAGUGGUGAAGGACAUUAUGGAGGUCUGUGCAGCUACAAUCUCACAAUAAUAGUUCGAACUUCUCCUAGUUGGUUUUCUGCCUCUGCACCUUCUAACAGGGUUAAAAAUCGUUUGAGCUUCGCGGAAGCGUGUUCUUGAAAAACACUUUGAGAGGGCGAGGAGUUUAAGUAAAAAAAUGGAUUAUAAAUAGGGCUCUGGAUUAUCGAGUGGGCUUUUGAGCGAGGAAAAAUAUGUGAGGGCUGGGAUGGAUGACUGCUCUCUACACUCUUUGUAGUUUCGUUGAGCUUACUGCGCGUUUGGCAAUAUGGAGGAUGUGCCAGCAGUGUAUGUAAAGAAAAUAAUAAUAAAAAAAUGCCAUGUAAAGGUAUUGAGACGAUUUAACAGAACCGCCCGAAAGGAUAUCAUAGCAGGUUCACUAAUUGACGUUUUCUGGUCGAAGUCUUCCUAUGUUGUUCUCAAGGCUCUCUGGAAAUGAAAAUGUAAUAGAGGAAAGCUUUACAAGUUACAAGGCAUCCAUAGUCUGGUCAUCUAUGAUUACGUGAUAAGAUUAUCAACACUUUGUCACACUAAGUUGAUCCUUUAUCCCUAAACGGUGACUGAACUCUUAUUGUUCAAUUUUUAUAAAUACAGAAACAGGGGUGUAGCCAGCUUUUCGACUAGUUGCAUGCCUGGCUGACAUAUCUUGAAAAUUGCACGCAUGAUUAGUACGCGCUUACCUCAUCAACACUUUGAGCUCUUAAGCUUUUUAGCUCACCAAAUUAACGCAUAAUUUAUUACAAACGGUAGUGAUCAAACCCAAAAUUUGUAGGCCCGGGCCUACAGGUCUAUGGGCUAGGUACGCCCCUGCAAAAAUGUUUGUGGUUGAUGAGAUGAAAGCUCUCCACGUUUUGCCUGCCUACGUAAACUAAAUUAGUUGAUUUACUUCCUUAUCUUAGGAAGCCGUCGAUGAAAAGCUGAGUAGCAGUCUUUACCCGUUUGCGUCCGAUCAGCGAUCUGGAAGCAAUGCAUUAAGCAGCAAAGGUACGGGACAGGACUCUAUUUAAAUCUGAAAGGUUAAAAUUUGAGGACUGGUUUUCAUUUCUCUCACUAACGUAGACGAUGUGGACCUGACAAGUGCGGAUCGAAGCGCGAAUAACCGCACAAUACCUAUUAUACAUAUAUUUCGACCGAAGUUUGUGAAAUAUUAUUGACUUCCUCGUUUUGUUUUUCUUUCCUCUAUUAACCAGGGCAAGCUGUUAGGUAAGUUUUAUCACCCUAAGUUUUCAGGCCUUGUAAAUCUUGAUUUGUGCUUUUGCCUGUGUUGUUGUUUGUUUGUUUCCUUUAUCAAAACUUUUCAUUUCAACAGCGCACGUUAUGGCCAUUGGCACAAGGAGAAGGUAGGUAUUUCUUUUUCAUUUUUAAAAUUUUUUAGCAUCAGGUUAAUGUUUUUAAUUACGACAGUUGCAGUAUUGAAAACGGCAUUUACCAAAUUUUGUUGCAUUUGUCCUGGUGAAGUAUACAGAUGCUUGGUUUGUGGAGAACGUGAUUACCAGACUUUUCAUUUUCCUGAUAUUCUACGCAUUGAACCCUUUACCUACAAAUCUAUUCCAAAUCUAUUCUAUUACACAUACAGUAAAUUAAACAAACAUAGGUAGUUUUAAGGAGGGAAGAAUUCAAUUUUUUUUCAGCUAUUUUCUCCUGGCAUUAAAGAUUUUUAAGGGGUCGACUAUUUGACUUUUGACGGAGAUAUAGGUGAUUUGGUUUGGGUAAGAAUGUUUUAUCUUUUCCAAACCUCUAGAGAUAUACCGUAAUUGUUUCCCCGACAUAUAACGGUGCAAGAGUUUUUUUUCAGUGCAGGAUAUUCCCCCCCGCCCCGCCGCAAAUUUUUCCUUGUUAGAUUUUCCCCUCAAAAUCAGUCUGCAGGAUUUUUUUUUCUGAAAUCACCCUUACCCUCCCUCCCUCCUUCCCUAUCUUGCCUUGUACCAGAAUAAAAUUCCAUAAAUCUUUCUAGUCCCUGUCGACCGGUGCUGUUAACGUGACAUUACCUCGUUUUGAUCCCUGUUUAGGGCUCCACGGAGGCUCGAGCAGGUCCCCGGCUUAUCAUCUUUAUUGUUGGUGGAGUUUGCUACUCUGAAACAAGAACAGCGUACGAGGUAAUGUAGCACAAAGGGUUAUCUCGUUGAAUGAUUGAAGUGUGGACGCGCAAAAAGGCGGGAAACGCAAACACAAAAAACUGGCGGGAAAAUGGCGUGACACCCAUACUCUGCCAUGAACGCACAAACAUGCACGGCCGAUAUUUCUCACUCAUGAGAAACAUUGUACGCGGACUUAAAAAAUGGCCACAACUUUAUAUUUCCGUGAGAAAAUUUACGACAUGAUUCUUUAAUUAGAAUGUGACAGUAUAUGAUAGGGACCGGUAGCUUGAACUAUGAGUAUGAAGUCAGUUACCCUUCCACGUACGAGGUUUCAAACCACAUUCUCAUCACUCCAAUCUUAUUUGCUGAUCAGUAGCAAGAACAAUUAAUUUACAGAUCGCUCAAAAUUCGAUUUCAUAUUCGUAGUUAAUUUUUAAGGUCACUAUUAUUUUUGAACUAUUAUUUGACCAUACACAGUUCACUUUGACUCCUCUAUUGACUUCCAUAUUGCCAAACACCAGUCACUGUCAUCAACAGUUCUGCGCUUACUUGGACGAUUAUUCCCACCUUCUCAUGCAUGUUUCGUUCAUUUUCAACGUUGAAAGAGUGUAGAAAAAUUGAUGUGUCAUGUUUUUUUUUGUUUUUGCUUUGUUUUUUGUUAUCGUUAGGUAACUGCUGCCAAAAAAGACUGGGAAGUGCUGAUUGGUAAGUUUUUACUUCAUGAAAACACCUGUCAAUAUCCUCUGAACCUUCACUACAAUUAUUCCUCGCUCUGAGUCAAUAGCCCAUGAGGUCAAAGGCUGAAUGGACUAUUGACUCAGAGGCCAUGAGGGCGAGAGGAAUAAUUGUUUUAGUAAAAUCCACUAGUUGGUCAAAAAUAUGGAGACAAAACAACUUAAAGCAAGACUUUAAUCCUUUUUUGCCGCCAAGAAUCCGGCGUUUUCGUUACUAGUGGACAUAUAGCCUGGUAAUAGCUCAAUCAAUUGGAACGCAGUAUUGGUAAUAGACCACUAGUUGGAUUUUACUAAAUACAUAUACAUAAAGACUUUCAAUUAUUACAAAAAUGUUAGUUAAAUAUUAAAGAGACGUAAAUUGCAAGUAAAAGAAUUAAAAGUUUUUUUUUUCUGGCAAGGAAGCUGAAAUUGAAACAUUGGGCUUAUUAUAUGAGCUCCCUCUCUAAGUAAAGACUAAAUAUAAUGAAUAAAUAAUAAGCAGCGAAAUCGUACUGAAAUAUGAUUAAGAUAAAAGGCAAGCAAAACAAAACAGGCAAAACGCAGCAAAAAACAAGUAUUAUGACAAGUGGUGGAUCAGCUAAGUAGAAAUAUUUUCAAUCUGGAUUUAAAAAGAGACUGAGAUAGUAGCAACACUUUGUAUAUUGUUAUUUAGUAAAUUGAAAAAUUUAGGACCCUGAAAUCUAAUACCAAAAAGUCAUAUUUGUUCGUGUAGGAAAUAAGUAGAAAGAAUUUGAAUUUCCGGUAAUAUAGGAAUGAACUUGAUUUGUUAUUAAAAACAUUUCUUUGAAUACAUUCGGAAUCAGGCCUUUAUCUAGUGUCAUAUUUAUUUGCCUCUUGCAGGUUCUACGAGUAUCAUUACUCCUAACUUGUUCUUGGCUUCAUUAAGAGAGCUUGCAGGUUGAACCGUGGUGCUGGUUGGUAAGCUGAGAGAUUCAUGACUUCAUUCAUUUAUAAAUAGACCAUUUCCGAGUUACCCUAAGUCUCUGCUGCAAAGCGAGGCUUAGUGCGAAGCUAUUCAUAUGAAAAUGAUUUUUAAUUCUCAGGCAAAUAUAGCUUUUCACAAGAAAGGUUUUGCACUAAGCCUCGUUUUCAAGGCGAGAAUUAUAGGAGUUCAGUGACUUAGUGGCCUAUUAUUCAUAACUGUCAUUCAUUCAAAAUAUUACUCCGUUUCUGAUUGGCUCAAAUCUCCCCGCUAAUUCUUCAUAACCAUCUUGUGUUGACCAUAUUUGGAGUACCCUUGCGAUAUCCGGUAAAAUGACAUCAAAGGUGCUGGAUAACUAUAGAAAAAAGCACGGCAACAGAGAAGCCCUGGGGCUCAGGUCCCAACGAGGUGAAGGGGGGUGGGGGAGCAGUAAUUAUAUAGAAAGCGGGAAGGUCGAUAGGUGCGAAUUUAAAUUUCCAAGUGAGCGAAUGGACUGGAGAAAAUGUUUUGCUUGUUAAAUGCGUAAUAUUUGGCAGUGGAGACACACCAGGCAACGUUAUGUGUAAAGUUAUUUUAAGAUCAUAUUAAUCGUAAUUAUUUUACAAUAUGUUGAAGGAAAAUCGUUUGCUUAAAAAUUAUCUUACAGGUACAAGAGGAUGAUAAAUAACGCAGAAGCAAUAAUUGUACAAAAUCAAGAACAAAGUUGAAGAGCUGGCUGGUUGUUGAACUGUGCUCAGUCAAAUAAUAUUAAGAAUGCUAAAAAAAGGUUACUCGGUAACGGUGGGGCCCAAGAAAUGAUCCCCGGGGGUAUAUAAAAAAACUCUUCAGUGAUUUGGGCGCUAUGUGUUGUCCCGCUGUUAAGAGUUUUGCCUAUUUUGGUGCCAAAGGUGCAAAUUUCGUUUUGUCCUUUUUUAAAAUCAAGCCAGGUUAUGGGCCUCAUUCCUAGUCCAGCUGAAAGGUAUUUUGAGAAUUGGACUGAGUUGUUCGAGGAAGCCUUACUAAG